AUGGGUAAAGGGAAAUCGAAGGCUGAUGGUAAUGAAGUUAGAACUGGGUGGAAAGAUCCUACGGAAUUAAAAGCUUAUUGUGAUUUGUCUGCUGCCCAAGUCCUAGACGGCAAGAAGCAUAAUGGAUUUUUGAGAAAGAAAGGGGUUGAUGCAGUGAUUGAGCAGUUGGGUGAAAUGGGAAAAGUGGUGACUCACACGCAGUUUAAAAACAAAUGGGAUCAUCUGAGAAAGAGUUGGAAGGCUUGGAAGGAGUGUUUUGGUGAGACUGGGUUAGGUUAUGAUCCUGUAACUGGGGUUAUUCACAUGACUGAUGAGUGGUGGACCCGAAAAAUUCAGGCAUGUCCCAAGGUGGUAACCUUUAAAAACAAACCUUUGCCGAAUCUUAAGUCUAUGGAAAUCAUGUUUGAAGGCACGGUUGCAACGGGAAAAAAUGUGUUCUACACGAGUGGUGAAAUACCAAAUGAUUGCACCGAAGUGUCUGGGGACUCCAUUGAUAGCAAAGAAUUUGUUGACCCCUAA